UGGUACCGGGAAUCGAAUUCAGGACCUUGCACUUGCCAGGCAGGUACCUGUGCCACUGAGCUAUCUCCCUGGCCCCUGUCCUCUGAUUUCAAAGGCAAAAUUGGGAAGAAGAGGGGGCUUAUGCCUUUUUUGGGACUCAGCCGUUAGGGUGUAAAAGUAUUUGAUGCCAGGGGCUGUGGCUGUAACGCAAACAACAUGCCCAGGAACGCGCACACACGUUCUUGGGGCUCGAUCCUUCGCUUUGUCACGGUCAGGAACUUCGCCUGGCUCCCUUGGCGACCUCUCUUACGAGUAGCAGGCGGCAGGGAGCCACGCAUCGCCUCGCCCCGGAGGCCGAUCCCCCGUCACACGGCGCAGGGGCCUGCUCCCAGGCGGCCCCUCUCGGGCCUCGCGAGAGCGCCGCCGCCCCGACCCGGCAUCAAAGGCCGCGGCCCCGCGUGCUCCGGUCUGCCCCAGGCACCCGGACUUCUCGCUUUGGGGCUGCCUCUCUCCUUUUCCUGACCCGGGUGGGACAAGGACCGAGGUGUUCCUGGAACAACGCUACUGCUGCAUCCUGGCUCGCAGUUCUUCCUGCCUCAAGGCGAUGUGAUCGGAGCGCUAACUGGCCAUUCGCUCAUCAGAAUCUGUGAUGAAGAAGCAGCGUGUCCCAUUGUCCUCCAGCAGAACACAACAAAGUGGCCUUAUUUCAGAGACACUUGACCUGAGCAAGCCUUGACUCUGUGGAGCAGGGAGAAAACGGGCCCCCCUUUUCUGUCCGAUCCCUACAGUGGCCCUUGCGGGAUCUCCAGACUCCCCAGUCCUCUUGUAAUUCUCAUCCUGUUACUAACCCCAAUAACAAAGGCACCACAGUACCAGCAACCUCAUUUUAUAGGAAAGCAAACAGGCUCAGAGAGGUGUAGUGAUUCGUUCAGGGCCACACAGCCAGAAAGAGCCUGAGCCACAGGCACCAAGAUGCUGCAAAGCCCUACACUUCUCCUCCAGUCGCCGUGGGUGGCGUCCAGGCCUUCGAUAUUUGUGCCCAAAUCGAGGAUAAACAGAGACCAAUCUUACAUUAAAGGUCCUAAGAUCUGA